AUGGCUCAAACCUUCUACCCUCAUGCGGAGGCCUAUUUGAGAAGCACGCCGGUGGCCUUCCACGUGGAAAACGUGCUCAGACACUUGCUGGCCUUCAGAAACGACCCGGCCCGAGCACACCUGACGAUUGAGCUGUACGCCCAGGUGCUCCCCGGCCAACAAGACCCCGAGAUCAGUCGGGUCAUCCGCCUGACCGACUUGUACCCGUCGGCGGCCAAUCCUCCCCGCGUCCUGGACGCCGCCCUGCCGACCACAUUCGGCCAGAAGAUCUUCCCAAAGGACGGCAAGAUCAAGGCGACGUUGCGAGUGUUCAAGAGGCCCAGCACCCGCCCUCUCAUUGUGCUGGCCGACGCCGCCCUCGACAUGCGCAUCGAGGUCGUUUACAUCACCGGGGCCACGGACAAGACCGUUGAGCGGCGGGCGGAGGCGGUGGUCAACCACCUGCGGGGGAGUUGA